CUCUUGGCUAAUCCUCCUAUCGGGCCCGGUUCAUUUGCCGGCUCCCGACGUUCUGAGCCCACGCGGAGUCAAGUGUCACGUAAUUCAUGUCUCGAGCUGGCGCUUGCGGCCGAACAAGCAUGCCGAGCUGGGGAAUGCCAAACGGGAGUACGUCUCUUUACGGCAGCGUUGGCUGAAGGCACUGAUGAUGCACACUUGCUUUCUGCAAUCUACAGCCAGUUAGGAAAUGCACAAUUCAUGCUGCAGCAGUAUUCACAAGCCUUGGACUGCCACAGCUGGGAUCUAGCCUUAGCCAGGAAGUUUUGUGAUUAA